GAAACUGCAAGAGAUGAACAUAGUUGCAGAACCUGGUUCCAUCCAUGCUGAUGUGGACCUGGUUUCCUUCAAAAGGCAAAAAAGAUUCCCAUCAUGUCCAAUUGCCACUCAUUUACCCUCCAAGAAAGAUUCAGAAUUUCAGACACAGACCCAUUGCUCCUCCUCCAAUUCCUGAGGAAUAGCCAAUCCUCAUCCAUGGCCAAUCUCCCUCCCUCCUCCUCCUCCCUCCUCCUCAUCCUCAUCCUCCUGCUCUCCAUCUCUCCAUCUCUCUCAACCCCACAAGAGCAAUCCCACCAUCAGACCUUCAUCAUCCAUGCCUCCUCCUCCCACAAGCCCUCCCUCUUCUCCUCCCACCACCAAUGGUACUCCUCCCUCCUCCACUCCCUGCCCCCCUCACACCCUCCUUCCCACAUCCUCUACACUUACCGAGCCGCCGCCGCCGGCUUCUCCGCCCGCCUCACCGCCCCGCAGGCCGAGGCCCUCCGCCGCGCCCCCGGGGUCCUCUCCGUCGUCCCGGACCGCAUCCGCCGCCUCCACACCACCCGGUCCCCUCGCUUCCUCGGUCUCACCGAGAGCUUUGGCCUCUGGCCGAAUUCCGAUUAUGCCGACGACAUCAUAAUUGGGGUUCUCGACACCGGGAUCUGGCCCGAGCGGCGGAGCUUCUCCGAUUCCGGCCUCGGCCCGGUCCCCGGCGCGUGGAGGGGCACGUGUGAGGUGGGGCGGGACUUCCCCGCCUCGGCCUGCAACCGGAAGAUCAUCGGCGCGAGGGCCUUUUACAAAGGGUACGAGGCCUAUUUGGAGAGGCCGAUCGACGAGACCAAAGAGUCGAAAUCGCCGAGGGACACGGAGGGUCACGGCACGCAUACCUCGUCGACGGCCGGGGGAUCCGUGGUUUCGAACGCGAGCUUCUACGAGUAUGCGGUGGGCGAAGCUAGAGGUAUGGCCACGAAAGCAAGAAUUGCUGCUUAUAAGAUAUGUUGGAGCUUAGGUUGUUUCGAUUCGGAUAUAUUAGCAGCCAUGGAUCAGGCUGUUUCGGAUGGUGUGCACAUAAUUUCUUUAUCCGUGGGCGCGAACGGGUAUGCGCCGCAGUACGAUCACGACUCGAUCGCGAUCGGCGCAUUCGGGGCCGUGAAACAUGGGGUUCUUGUGUCUUGCUCUGCUGGGAAUUCUGGUCCCGGCCCUUUCACGGCUGUGAACAUUGCUCCUUGGAUUUUGACAGUGGGUGCCUCCACAAUUGACAGGGAGUUUCCUGCUGAUGUGGUUCUUGGUGAUGGGAGGAUCUUCAAGGGCGUGUCCCUUUACUCCGGCGAGCCGCUUGGCGAUGCUAAACUUCCUUUGGUCUAUGCCGGCGACUGCGGAAGUCGGUAUUGCUAUGAUGACAGCCUCGAUUCCACCAAAGUUGCAGGAAAGAUUGUCGUUUGUGAUAGAGGAGGAAAUGCGAGAGUUGCCAAGGGAAGUGCGGUGAAGCUUGCGGGUGGCGUGGGAAUGAUUCUUGCCAACACUGAAGAGAGUGGUGAAGAAUUGAUUGCCGAUUCGCACCUCAUACCAGCCACUAUGGUGGGCGAGACUGCGGGAGAUAAGAUCCGAGAAUAUGCCAGUUCGGACCAAUUCCCAACAGCAGCUAUCAAAUUCAUUGGCACGGUGAUCGGUCCCUCGCCGCCUGCUCCAAAAGUCGCUGCUUUCUCUAGCCGUGGCCCGAACCAUCUCACUGCCGAGAUCCUUAAACCAGAUGUUAUAGCUCCAGGCGUUAAUAUUUUGGCAGCUUGGACUGGUUUCAAUGGCCCGACGGAUCUUGACAUCGACCCGAGAAGGGUCGAGUUCAACAUCAUCUCUGGCACCUCGAUGUCGUGCCCUCAUGCUAGUGGAUUAGCUGCUCUGCUUCGAAAGGCUUAUCCCGACUGGUCUCCGGCGGCGAUAAAAUCUGCACUGAUGACAACUGCUUAUAACUUAGAUAAUGGGGGGAGGAACAUCAAGGAUCUUGCUAGUGGCGAUGAAUCCAGCCCUUUCGUUCACGGAGCAGGACAUGUGGAUCCGAACAGGGCACUUAAUCCUGGGUUGGUUUACGACAUUGAUGUCGACGACUAUGUGGGGUUUCUCUGUGCCAUUGGUUAUGAACCACGAAGAAUUGCAGUCUUCCUUAGAGAGCCUAUGAGUUCUACCGUAUGCGCGAAUAGAAUGGCUUCUCCUGGAGAAUUGAACUAUCCAUCCUUCUCGGUCGUUCUAACAUCCAAUGGCGAUGUCGUGAAGUAUAGGAGGGUGGUCAAGAAUGUCGGGAGUUCUGCUGAUGCAGUUUAUGAGGUUAAGGUGGAUGCUCCUGAAAAUGUCGAAGUCAGUGUUUCACCGAGCAAGCUUGAAUUUUCUGCAGAAAACCAGAUACUUUCCUAUGAGAUUACAUUCUCAAGCAUCGCAUUGGGAUCGUCCACUCCAAAAUUUGGAUCGAUCGAGUGGACGGAUGGGACUCACCGGGUGAGGAGCCCGAUUGCAGUCAAGUGGCAUCAGGAGCUGGUGGAAUCUAUCUAAUUUGCAAAGUCACCGCUGUGCACUACAAACUCAAAAAUGGACGGAGCGCGCCAUUCAUGGAACGGUGGCAGAAAUUCCUCGGCAAUUCUCGAAUAGUUAUGUUGUGUUUGACGACUGAAAUCAUGAUAGCUCUAGGCUUGGAUUCGGAGUUCCCUAGUUAGUUUCUGGUGUGUUUGUUUACAUUAGACUGGUUUGAAAUGACAUGCCGGAGCAGAAAACAUCACUUUGUGUGCUGAAAUCAAGGCUCUGUAAUGUUUGCUUUUCAUCGCUUUUUAAGAUGAAUCUCUAGCUUCCAUGGAGUUUGCGCUUUUGAUCUUUAGAAUGGCUG